GGGAACAUUCACAGCGAUGGCGGUGCCCAUGAAUGAAACGCUCGCAGUGCGACAUCUUUUCGUUGUUGGCACGCACAAAAGCCAGAUGAAGCCCAGUGUUUAGCUGCGUGGAAAUUCGACAGCAAAAGUGUGUGGUGGCACUGGUGGCACAACUCGAAUGUGUUUUCUUCGUUUCACCGACAUCAUCACUGCAAACUCUCGUUGGCUUUUCACGAGAUUUCAACGUUAAAAAACUGUUGUCUGUCUGUCUGUGUGACGCGAUCGGUGUGUGUGUGUGUGUGUGUGUGAAACUCGCCAGUGUUUUUUGUUCAUUGAUUCAUUUCCACUCUCUCUCACACACACAUUUUAGUGUGGUUGGUUGGUGUGUGUGUGUGUGUGUGUGUAGAGUGUGGCCUUGGCAACUGGAACGAACAGUGAUGGCUUUCCGAGUCGAAAAAGAAGAUGGAGACGACAUUGCUGGAUGCACCUGACUCUUCUUCUUCUUUUCUAUGAAAAGGCACACACACAAGUUUUAACCUCCCCAAAAAGUGCCAACAGAAUCCGGAACGCUCCUUAUAAAACAAUACAAUCCCCAAAAAGUGUGUGUGAAAAAAUCAUGAAGCUAUACGGAUUUUAUCGGUGGACUGGACGUUGAAACGAAUUUUUGUUUUCUCUCCAAUCACAUUUAUUUUUUAUUUUUAUUUUGGGUUUGUUGUUGAGUUUUUUCACCCCUGCAAUUUUUUUGGUUUUCCCCCCCGUUUUGGGCUUUUUGUUGGGAGAGGCCAUUUCUUUCGCCUUUGUUGACUGCCAAAGUAUUUCGAUCGCCAAAGUGGCCACCGAAGAUGGUUCGGGUUUUGGUGGCGAUUGCAGGGGGUCUAGGUAGUGUCAGCCCUGCUACUUCCGCGCGAUCCGCCAUCAGCCAACAUGACCGAAGGAUGUGAAGAGAAAGAUUCGUUGGUGCGAGUAAGGGCGCAGGUGAUGACGCGGGAUGAUUCGUCGGGCGGCUGGGUCCCGAUGGACGGCGGCGGACUCUCCAACGUCUCGGUCCGUAAGCGCAUCCUGCCAAUUCACGCCGCCAUAGUCGCUGCUGUGACAUCCAGCAGCCACAACAACAGUCGAAACAACAACAACCCAGCCAGCAACAACAACAGCGCCAGCAGCCGGAGUAGUAGCACCAGUGGCGGAGGACCCGGUCCUCCACCUCCUCCUCACCACUCGCCAGCUCCUCCUCAUUCUUCUUCGUCUGCAGCCGUCAUACCCGUCUAUCAUUGUAAUAGUCUCAUCCAACAGCACGAGUACCUCAUUCUAGGCAAACGCAUCUCGGAUCAAACAGUCGUUCUCAGCUGCACGAUCCGUAAAGACUUUCAGUACAACAAAGUCAUGCCGACGUUUCAUCACUGGCGGACAGGCGACCAAAAGUUUGGACUGACGUUUCAAACAGCUGCCGAUGCCAGGGCGUUCGACAAGGGCGUCCGGAUGGCAGUCGAGGAUUUGCUGAAUGCUUUCUUAAUCCUCCCUGGAAUUGGCCGCGGGCUCGCCGACGCGCCGCCAGCGCUGCGUCACAUGAACUCUGACGCCAGUGAGGAUGACGUAUUUAUGACCUUGGACCUGCCAAUGGAGCGAACUGAUCUGCAGCGUUCGCCAACGUUGAAUCAUCAUCAACAACAACAACAACAACAAGCCAAUCAGCCACCACCACCGCCAUCUCCUGUUGUUCCUGUUCCACCUCCGCCAACCUCCAAUAAUGCCCCACUACCUCCGUUGCCUAAAGAACCGCACCUGCACAGGAUACAUUUCAUGCAGAGGCGUCCACUACCUCCCAGCAGCAGCACCAGUAGUUUGCCCUUGUUAAAUAAUAGCAUAACUGAGGGGUUGAACAAGGAGCAUUCCAUCAGUCCGGAGCAGCUCAUGUGGCAGCAACGCGACCAGGAGCUGGCCCUGACUCGUGAGCGAGAACGGGCCACCAAAGAGAAGGAAAGGCAGCGUCGGGAACGUGAAGGCGGAGGUAUUGGUGGGGGCGGUGUAGGCGGAGGCAUGUGGCCACCGGGAAUCGGUGGAAUUGGUGUGCUCAACGACCAUAUCGAAUUGGACAAGGAAAGUUAUUCCUACGUUCAAUUCGCACGUGAAGGCAAUACUGGAGUGGCACUUCACUCUCUCCACUCACUCCACGAGUACAGCUAUCCGGUGAUGCCCGAUCCAGCGACGCCGAAGCCAAGUCAAUCGGUGACAGUUGCGCCAGCUCGCCGUGACUCUUUGAGCAGCUUGAAAAAGAAUCCCAUGACGUCAGUCAACAGCUGUUCCAGCAUGGCCACAACGGCGCCCAUGUUGCCCAGCAAAGCUGGCCGAGGCGGCAACGGCAAGAAGAAACGAAGAGGCAGCAAUAGUAGCUCGAGCAGUACCAAAGCCAUGAGCAUUAGUCACCUUCACCCUCCAGGCAAAGGCUCGACGGGUCGCGUUCGCUGCAAACACUGUCAGGACACUUAUCGGCCGGAAGAGAAUUACCGCGGUGCUUGUGACCACGCUCCAGAUUGCGUGAGAUCGACCAUCGACGCCGUCUCGUGCGUCAGCUGCGCCGAGUGUCUCAUGUACCAUUGUUACGCCGAUGCCGAGGGCGAUUUUGCCCCGCAACCGUGCGUCUGUGGUUCCGGCAGUGUCCGGCGCCACAACGGCAGUGGCUGUUGCAGCAUCGAAUCCUCGCCCAAACGGUGGUUCGGACUGGCGCUUCUCUCAUUGGUCGUACCGUGUCUGUGGUGCUACUUGCCUCUGCGCGCCUGCUACCGAUGUGGAGUUCGUUGCGGAUGCUGUGGUAAACCUCACGAACCAGCAGCCUAGUAGCCCUCCACCAUCCCCCCGUCAUUUUUUGUUUUAAUUAUUUUUUUGUUUUACAUUUAAAAAACCAAAACAAGAAAAGUGCGUGCUGCUCUCGAACCCCCCCCCCCAAUCCUAUAUCCAUCACCAACAACUCCUUUACCCCGACGCCGGGGUAGGGGACGUCUUUGUUUUUUUCAGUGCCAGUACUACGGAACGGAAGAACAGCCGAUCUUUAUAUAUAAAUAUUAUAUAUAUAAAAACAACCCAAAAAGGUGGGCUAAAAACAAUCGUCUGAAAUAUUUUUCUUUGAUUUUCUUGUACCCUCUCUCUCUCUAUGUUUUGUUGUGUUUUCCAUUCACGGAAUUCAGUUCGAACAAAAAAAAAAUCCCCUUCUUUGUUCAGUUUUUUCUCUCUUUUGUACAUUUUCUGCAUGGAUUGUGUUCCGAUAUGUUUCAUUGUCCUUCACACACACACACACACACACACACUUUUUCUCUCUUUUCAUAAUUGUUCUUCAUGUAUAAUGAAUUCUUUUUUUUUUCCUUUUUUUUUUCGAUCAAGAACCUCCCGACACUUGUGUGUCCGCGCGGAUCGAGCGGAUCGAAAGUGAUAAAGUUGUUUGUUUUGGGGAGGUUUAUCAAAUUGAGAUUUUUUUAAAAAAGAACCUUUUUUUUAAUAUUUUUUUUUAAUGAAUAAAAUAUGGGAAAGAAUUCGCCGACUUUCCAAGGGCUCAGGGGAGUCGCCGCGUUCUUUUUUAUCCAAAGACAAUGGCAGCAGUGCAUCCGCGAACAAAGCAAAUGAAUACAUUUGCUAAAACUCCCACACACACACAACCCCGACUGUUUGUUUGUUUGAAGGGGGAAAUUAUUUCUUUUUUUUUUUGUAAUUUUUUUCUUUCAUUUCAAGCGGUUUACUCGCGUGUUUUCCUCAAUCCCAGUUCGUUUAUACAGUUUCCGUUUUAGUGAAAUUAACUCCAUUACCUCUAUCCUGUCUAUUUCUGAUAUUUGGAUAUAAUAUCGCCCAAAUUUUGUUUUUCCCCUCCCUCUCGUUGUAAUAAAAUAAAGACUGAUAAAACAAA